UGGAUACUUCAGCUCGAUAUUUCCAAGUUAAAAACCUGCUUACGUACAAUUUUGUACAUAUCUAGAGGGUGAAUGACAUCAUCUUCCUAUCAGACCUUUCCCAGUGGGAGAAAGCGCAACUAUAGUCGAUGUAGUACUACCGCUGUCAAUAUUCAAUUGGUUAAAGCUGUGCGACCGGAUUCUUUAAUGACUUCACCAUCUUCCUAGAAUUCCAACUGCGUAUUAUUAGCAUUCAUCUGUAGACUGAAUCCCUAACCUGUUCUAGCUAGAUGGGACGGAUAGUCUCAUAUCAACCAUCGAUAAAUCGAUAAAUCGGCGUUAUACUAUCCCACCAUUCCCAGCCGGGGUCGAAGCUUGAUGAUCGACACAGGGAUUUGAUAUCCACCAAUUCGCAUCACCAGACAUAACUGCCCGGUCGUUGCGUUCCUAACAUUGGGAGAUUGCUUGGCUCAAGCUUGUUUAAUGUUUAAUCUUCAUAAUUCCUAGGGAUACUCAAUUUCAAUCGACGUCAAUCGAUCAUAGUAGAUCCCAUCGUUCCCAGUGCGGGGUGAUUUUCGGCCUAGCGGGCGCAUCAAAAGCAAGACAUCCAAAGAUCUGAAAGUCGCAAAACAUCUUGCAAAUUAACAGCAGCAAAUUACAAGAUGAGCGGCGAUUCGCAAGCACUUCCCGUCCGGAAGGCGACCAAUAUCAGCGACUUGGAAGCCGUACCCGACAUCGAUCCCACUACUACGGCCGGUCUACUUGCCGAGAGACUUCAAGCUUGGAAACAUGCCGUAGGAUAUUUAGAGGAUUAUGUCGGAGCAGUAGAGAAGGUUCACAAGGCGCAUUCUAAAGAGUAUGAGAAGGUGCUUAAGACCAUCUCUCAUCCUCUCAAAGAGGGGGCGCACUUUGACCAAGGCCUUGGCGGAGUCGCCGGUUUCUUCGAAAAUAUGCGAGUCAACACUCAGGCAAUGAUCAAUUCGAAUGCCGAAACGGAAAAAACCCUCAAGGGCUCCGUCCUACCUAUCCUUGAGCGACUACACAAGGAGAUUAAGGCGAAGGUCAAGGAGGUAUCCCAUGGAGUUGAGAAGGGGGCGAAAGAAAUCGAGAAGGUUAGGAAUACCACCCAGAAGCACAUUGAACUUCUUGGACAGCAUACCGCAGCCUUUGAGUCAACGGGGGGUAAGAUGAACCCGAACGACGACCCUUAUGUCAUCCAACGAGGCGUCAUCCAUAGGUUGAACAAACAGGUCAUCGAGGAGAACAACCACCGAAAUGACCUUAUCAAUGUCCAGGACAGCUUUAAAGCCUUCGAGGCCCAUGUAGUCGAAACGGUCCAACAAGCGAUGGAUGCAUUGAACCAGGUCGCUGGCGGGCAGGCUGAGAAGACCAGAGCACUCUACACCGACAUGUUAGGCGCGGCACAACGUAUCCCGGGCGACUUUGAAUGGCAGGGAUUCGUCGCUCGUGAAGGUCACCGCCUCGUUGAUCCGAAUGAUCCGCCGCGAACUGUCGAGGAACUCGUGUUCCCCAAUCAAAACCAUAGUGCAACCAAACCGAUCAUCGAAGGUAGUCUGGAGCGCAAGUCGCGCAAUAAGCUAUCAUGGGGUACGCAAUCCGGAUAUUAUGUCGUCACCCCCUCUAAAUACUUGCAUGAGUUCAAGGACGACGAUAACUUGCGAUACGAUCCAAAGCCGGAGCUUUCUAUCUACCUCCCGGAUGCUGUCAUCGGUGCUCCUAGCGGCGAGAAAUUCUCCGUCAAGGGGAAGGACAAGAGCAAGAGCAUCAGUAGCAAAAUCGCAGGAACGUCGGAACUCAGUUUUAAGGCUCACUCUGCUGCCGAGGCUCAGAAGUGGUUCGAAGCUAUAAGGACCGCUGCCGGUGCAACAGGCUCAGCUUACGAGAGCCCGUCGUCUUCGCCUAGUGGUACUGUUAGCGAGACGAAGCCGAGUCUCGGAAAGAUCGACGCGACGGCUGCUCACAAGGAACAGGAUACCGGUAUCACUGGUGCCGAAACUGUCAGCAGUCCUACAGAGAUCUCACCAAUUGCUAAACAAGAUACCAUGAAGAGUGGUUCUGCUACAGAUGAGAAGAAGGCGGCGGCUGCUUAGAGACGUAGUCUGCCCACCGUCCCAGGCUCGAAGAACUAGAAGAUCUUUUCGCGGCCGAGUCUAUGAUGGUGGUUGGGUGAGAUUAUAGUGAGCUAGGUUUGAAUAAUGAUUCAGCUUGGUCGAGGAGGACGCUGGCCCGGACUCGUACGAGCGAUCUAGGCUCCGGCUUGGCAAUGUUUUCUUGGGGCGCGGCGCAGCUAUCUUAAUGUAUAAACCGAAGGAUCAAACGAGGCGGCCGGAAGCGGGGUUUUCCUAGAAACAUGACUGAAUCAGUAUGCGGCAGUCAGCAAGAACAAAAAGGAAUGAGGCUGCAGCGCAUAAUGGUGGGGUGGUACUGUAUUUUCUCCAUACGCCUUUUAAUAUGCCAAUGAGAUCAUUGACGUUGGAGUUCAUCUUCCCUAAUUUUCUAGAACUAUCUCAU